UCAUUCACACUCCAUGCUGAACUCAGAAUGAUAAUGAUAAAUAAAUAUUAUCAAGCGCUUAUUUAAUGACCCAAUGCGCCCUAAAGCGUGACACUGGCAUACGGAAGUUCAGGCGUUUGUUUCCACACGAGUAAAUAAUCCGUGAGCACACAGCAGAGUGGAGAUGGCAGUUUUCCGAUCGGUGGUCCACAGAAAAUUGAGUUUGACGCUCCCAGUGGCCUUGGCGCAACGGCGCCUCGCCAGCUCCUUUAAGGCCUCCGACCUGAGCGUGGAGCGCAACCCAAAACCCGCGGCCAAGCCCGACCCGUCCGAGCUGGUGUUCGGGAAGCAGUUCUCGGACCACAUGCUGACCGUGACGUGGUCGGCCGACGGCGGAUGGGACGCGCCUUGCAUCAAACCCUUCCAGAACCUUUCGCUGCACCCGGCCAGCUCCGCUCUGCACUACUCCAUCGAGCUGUUUGAAGGGAUGAAAGCGUUCCGUGGCGUGGACAACCAUGUGCGCCUUUUCCGGCCCAUGCUCAACAUGGAGCGCAUGCACCGCAGCGCCGUGCGCAGCUCUCUGCCCACAUUCGAUAAAGGCGAACUGCUGGAGUGCAUCAAGAAGCUAGUGGCACUGGACCAGGAGUGGGUUCCAUACUCCCAGGAAGCCAGCCUCUACAUCCGGCCCACCUUCAUCGGCACCGAGCCGUCACUUGGCGUGACUCGAGCCAGCCGUGCGUUACUGUUCGUGAUCGUGGGGCCGGUCGGACCAUACUUUGCCACGGGCUCCUUCAACCCCGUCUCACUGCUGGCCGACCCGUCGUUUGUGCGCGCCUGGAAGGGUGGGGUCGGUUCCUACAAGAUGGGGGGGAACUAUGGCCCAACCAUCUCGGUUCAGAAUGAGGCGGUUGAGCGCGGCUGCCAGCAAGUUCUGUGGCUUUAUGGACCUGAUGAGCAGAUCACAGAGGUCGGGACCAUGAACCUUUUCAUCUACUGGACCAAUGACAACGGAGAGAAAGAGUUGAUGACACCACCCCUGGAUGGCAUCAUCCUUCCCGGAGUCACCAGACAGUCUCUGCUGGACCUGGCCAGAACCUGGGACGAGUUCAAAGUGACGGAGCGCACGAUGGGCAUGCAGGAGCUGCUGACCGCGCUGGACGCCGGUCAGGUUCUGGAGGUGUUUGGCGCCGGUACCGCCUGUGUGGUGUGUCCCGUAGGCAGCCUCCUCUACAACGGCAAGACGUACCACAUCCCGACCAUGCAGAACGGACCGGAACUGGCCAAGAGGUUCUACAAAGAGCUCACCGAUAUUCAGUACGGACGUAAGGCCAGCGAAUGGGCGCUUCUGGUGGAUUAAAUUUAUUUUUUUUGCACAAGUCAGUAGAAUCAACAGUUAGAUGCCGUAAUUCCACUUUGGACCACCAGUAUCCCCUCCACCUCUUUCUUCUCUCUUUCCUGACAUAUCUCAAACCACUAACGCACUCCUGCCACUUGGCUGAGAGACUGGAGCAAUAAGAACUGUAUGCAACACGGCUCCACUUUAUAGAUUGUAAUAUAUAUAUAUAUAUAUGUGAUAUAUAGCACAAUGUUCCUCCUCGUGCGGACGCUAGUUGUACUUUGGUAAUGAGCUGCAUUGCGUUGUGGUGCUUUUAAACUGUUACUGUCUACGAAUGGGGCCACUUAGCGAGGACGAGCGACCGCACAAAAAAGGGCACAAAAUGGAGAGUAGCGUGAGCUAAUGUUGGCCCUCUGCACUGGUUUGUGUUGGGUUAGGUUUGUUUGUUUUGUUUUUCUUUUUAGAUGUUUUUAAAUGAUACAAGAAAUUAGGUGAUAUUCUGCAAAUUGAAUUCUCUGUGAUGUCGUCAAGUGCCUGCUGACCCCCGUUUGGUCGGUCAGCGCGUCUUCCGCGGAAUAGUUUCCAGUAAAUCCUCUCCUUUCUAUGUCCCGUAUAUGUUUAGUCAACAUUUUUACAUUAAAGCCCAUUUGAGUCCA